AUGACUGAUGUUAAGGAAACUUUUUGCAGGCUGUGCCUUAUAAGCGUAACAGAUGAAUGUUUUGAAACAAUAGAUGAUGUUAUUAGAAACAUUCUGGAUGCUCUCUUGCUGAAAUUGAAAUUCAAUAGCAAAGAUGUGAUAUGUAACGCUUGUAGAAGAAAGUUAAAUACGGCAUUGGAAUUGAAGUCGAUGUGCUGCAAUACCGAUAACGUAAUUAUUCCAUAUGCUGAUUCCAAGAAAAUGCUACAGUUGGAUUUAAGGGAUGUUUAUAUGAAGGAAAGGGCAAGUGAACAGGUAACGGAUAUUUCACAGGAUCAAAAAGUAUGUCGAUUGUGUAUGCAACCAGUAGAAAGUGAGUUUAGGUGCAUACUCAAAGAGGAGUUUGUUGCUAUUCAGAAAUUUGUUCCAGAAAUGAACAUAAACGUUGUUAAAGAUCCCGUUGUAUGUAAACCAUGCUUCGACUCUGUGUGCACUCACAACAGUUUUUUGAAAGAAGUAGAGGAAAAAAUUAGAGGUAUUUGUGAUAAUCCUACCACAGAGAAGGAGGGUGGAACACAUGUUUCGCCAUCUGAUUUGUUCAUUAAGACAGAACAUUUGGAUGAAGGAUUGGAUGUUAACGAGAUGGGAAUAUCAAUCAAAACUGAAUGUGUCGAGAUAAAAUCGGAAGAAGCUGAAGAAAGGAGUGAAUUGCCAUUGGGAAGCUACGAUAUUGAAACAUCAGAGAUCAGCGACUAUAAGAACGCAGAAACACGUACUUUGGUACUUCACAUGAACAAACGUGGCACAAAAGCCAGUCGGCAGGGAAAUUUCACAUCCGUUUGGUUCGCUCCGAGUAAAGUAACUUACAAGUGCAAUGAAUGUACCUAUGAAACCGAAAGCGAGAGCCGCUUUACGGCACAUUGUACAAGACAUAAUAGCAUCUCGGAAAUGCACAAAUGCGAUACGUGCAAGUACGAAACGAGCAACAAGAAAACGCUCCAGCGGCACCGAUUACGACACCAGGAUCCCUCGCAGGUCCAGAUGUACCCGUGCGAUCUGUGCGAUUUCACGACAAAGUACAAGUCCUGCCUCAAGUACCACCAGUUGAAGCACAAAAAUGCCUCGGAAGUUCAGAUGUACUCGUGCGAGAGCUGCGAUUAUAAAACUAAGCACAAGCGGUAUCUGGUGCAUCACGCGUUGAAGCAUCAAGACUCGUCGCAGUUGAUAAUGUACAAGUGCAAGGUUUGCGAUUACGAGUCGAGGUAUAAGAAGAAUCUGACGUACCAUCAGUUAACACAUAAGGAUCCAUCGCAGGUCGAAACGUACAGGUGCAAGGACUGCAACUUUGAAACGAAACACAGAAGUAACAUCAAGCACCACUUGCUGACGCAUAUAGAUCGUUCGCAUCUGCCGAGAUACAGGUGUAACGAGUGUGAGUAUGAAUCGACGUAUAAGAGAAAUUUGACUCGACACCAGUUGACGCACAAAGAGUGAUUUUAAGUGAAUUUAAGCCAAAAAGUUGAAAUUUUUCAAAUAUUUUCAUUUCUAAGAUGUCUCUGAAGAUGUUCGAUGCAGAGUGAUGAAACUUAGUCUAAUGAUCUAACUAAUUAAAGAUUAAAAUACACUGAAUUCAGAUGUAAAAGUGUGUACCGGUGGUAGAGAUGGAAGGAGGUACUUUCACUGAAAACCCUUGAAAUCGAUUCUAUAAGCGACAGCAAUAAUUAUUUCUUUAAUGCUACUCAUAGAUAAUGAAAAAAAUUAAAUUUUGUCACAUGAUAAAAAGCGCAUUAUGACAUCAUUUAGUGCGACAGAGAAACCAGUUUGUUUUGAUGAGACGGAACCUAACUUCAAGACUUGUUACCUGCAUUUUGUUGGACUGUCCUGUCCUGUUUUCCUCUCGGUCGCACUAAAUGACGUCACGAAUUAGCGGCAACAAACGCCCGUUUAAAACAUUUUGCCCGACAAACUUUAUU